UUCGUCGCGUGGGACUGAAGCACAGAACCAGAAGCAGAGAUGACAACAAUCGAUGGAGACAUCAUGGAUGUACACGCGGUGGCCAAGCAGUUCGUGGAGAAUUUCUACAGGACGUUCGACGCUAACAUUGCGGACUUGGCGAACCUGUACGAGGAAGACGCGCUGCUGAUCCUCGACGGCCGGAGGAUCCAGGGCAAGGAGGGUAUCCUCGCCGAACUCACCUCCCUUCCCUUCGAGCAGUGUGAGCACCACAUCGCCACCAUUAGCUGUCUGCGCUUGGGGUGGCUGAUGGUCUGCGUCCACGGCGACAUCCGGCUAGAUGGCAAGGAGGACGCCCUCCCUUUCACCCAGACAUUCUCUUUGACCCCAGCACCUCAAGGAAGCUUUUAUAUAGCGGUGGACGUUUUCCUGAUGAACGAUCACUGGGUACAGGAUGAUGGACUCAACCAACGGGAUUCUCUUCUCUUCGGGGGAUAUGUUUCUCGCUCUUUACAUUAG